UGCCAAGGCGGAGAGAUGAGGACACCGCAGCACAGAAAUGCGCACAGCUCCGUGCCAGACUCGGCGAUACCCUCACCUCCCGACACUCCUGGCCCGUCUCCCAACGCAAUGGGUUAGAGGGGAACAUGGCACACUUUGACACACUUUGCAUGUCACGGGAAAUGCCCUGCGUUGUCGGGAGAUCUGCGCUGCCGAGCGGCUGAAUUGAGAGCACAAUAACACAGAGACCUGACAUAGCGGGACCUGAUUCCAGUCAUUUCUAUCCCACUUCCUCUCCCACUUUGGUUUUGAGAGAUGAUCACUGAGCUGGUGUGCACCGCCGUGGCUGUGGGUCUCUAUCUGAACACGCUGGAGGCAGAUUUCUGCUACGAUGACAGCCGAGCCAUCAAGACCAACCAGGACCUUCUUCCUGAGACUCCGUGGACCAACAUCCUGUACGAUGACUUCUGGGGCACCCUGCUCACUCACAGCGGCAGCCACAAGUCCUUCCGUCCGCUCUGCACCCUCUCCUUCCGCCUCAACUACACCUUGCAUGGCCUGUGUCCCUGGGGCUACCACCUGCUGAACGUGUUGCUGCACGCGCUGGUCACUGCCCUCUUCACAGCCUUUAGUCGCCCGCUUCUCGGUGGAGGACUGUGGAGCCUGCUGGCUGGCCUUAUCUUUGCCUCUCAUCCGGUGCACACUGAAGCAGUCGCCGGUGUGGUCGGGAGAGCGGACGUUGGCGCAGCGUUGUUUUUUUUGCUGUCUCUCCUCUGCUAUAUGAGACACUGUGGACUUCGUAGGGACCCACGUGGGACUUUUCAGACCAGGCAAUGUGGCAGCAGCUCAUUCGCCUUGUGCUGGGGCUGGAUGCUGGGCAGCCUGUGGUGUGCAGCAGCCAGUAUGCUGUGGAAGGAGCAGGGGGUGACGGUGCUGGCCGUGUCGGCUGUGUACGACCUCUUCGUGUUCCAGAGACUCCGGUUUCGCCAGGCACUUCUCCUCUUGCUAGGAAAGAAAAAGAACAUUAGUGUUUUGCUGAGUCUCGGUGUGCUGGCUUCCUGGGGAGUGAUUCUGCUGUCAGCUCGCCUCUACUGGAUGGGCAAUAAGCCUCCCAACUUCUCCAACUCUGACAACCCUGCAGCUGACUCGCCACAUUUUCUCACUCGAACGCUAACUUUCCUCCACCUGCCCGCCGCCAACGCCUGGCUCCUACUCUGCCCCGACAAGCUCAGUUUCGAUUGGUCCAUGGACGCUGUGCCCUUGGUGAGGUCUUUGGCCGACUGGAGGAACCUUCACACUGUUGCCUUUUAUGGUGGAUUUGUCCUCCUGGCUUUGUUUGGCCUUCGUAGCCCCACCUCGAAAGCCAAGGAGACCAUUAUGAAAGCCUAUGUCACUAAUGGGAAAUCAAUCACUAAUGGGAAUGGUUACCAUGCCCCUGACACAAACCAUAACACAGACCACGGGCCACCAAAGACAGCACUGAAUGGGUCAGCAGGAAUCCACCACUGUCCUCCACGGACGUCCCUUCCUCCUACAGAAAACCUAAUACUAUUUUCAUUAGGCAUCAUGUCAUUGCCUUUCAUCCCAGCCACAAACCUAUUCUUUUAUGUAGGUUUUGUAAUUGCCGAGAGGGUACUAUACAUCCCCAGUAUAGGCUUUAGUUUACUGGUUGCUACCGGUGCAAGAACCUUGUAUGUCAGACUGAGGACUAGAGGCUGGAAGGCCUUACUAUUGUGUCUCUGUACGGGACUAGUGCUGCUGAAUGGAGUCAGAACUGUUCAAAGAAACAGGGACUGGAGCAAUGAGGAGAAUCUCUACAAGUCUGGGAUUAGUGUGAAUCCUGCUAAAGCCUGGGGAAACUUGGGGAACGUACUGAAGAACCAGGGUAAGAUGGCGGAGGCGGAGAAGGCAUACAGAAACGCUCUGCACCACCGAGGGAACAUGGCUGACAUGCUGUAUAACCUUGGCUUGCUGCUGCAGGAGAAUGAACGUUUUUCAGAAGCGCUGCAUUAUUACAAACUGGCCAUUGGGAGUCGGCCAACACUGGCAUCGGCCUACUUGAACACAGGAAUCAUACUGAUGAACCAGGGCAACCUGGAGGAGGCCAAACGCACCUUUCUGACGUGUGCCGACAUUCCAGAUGAGAACUUGAAGGACCCCCAUGCCCACAAGAGCUCCGUCACAAGCUGCCUGUACAACCUGGGAAAACUGCUCCAUGAGCAGGGCCUGCAGGAGGAGGCCCUGUCUAUUUAUAGGGAAGCGGUGCAGAAAAUGCCCAGACAUUUUGCACCACACAGCCUUUUCAACAUGAUGGGAGAGGCCUACAUGAGGCUGAACCGGCUGGAGGAAGCAGGCCACUGGUACAAAGAGUCCCUCAGGGCCAAGCCUGACCAUAUCCCUGCCCACCUCACUUAUGGCAAACUCCUGUCCAUCAUUGGGCAGAAGACAGAAGCAGAGAAGUACUAUCUGAGAGCUAUUCAACUAGACCCGAGAAAAGGAAACUGCUACAUGCACUAUGGUCAGUUUCUUCUGGAGCAGUCUCGUCUUGGCGAGGCGGCGGAGAUGGCGGAGAGAGCUGCGGAGUUGGACAGCACAGAGUUUGAUGUGGUCUUCAGUGCAGCUCACAUGCUCAGACAGGCCAGUCUAAAUGAAGCAGCAGAGAGGCAGUAUAAGCGUGCAGCCAGCCUCAGACCAGAUUAUCCAGCUGCUCUGAUGAACCUCGGUGCCAUCCUCCACCUGAAUGGGAAACUUCCCGAGGCAGAGGCCAACUACCUGCGUGCAUUACAGCUCAAACCUGAUGAUGUCAUUACCCAGUCCAACCUGCGCAAACUGUGGAACAUCAUGGAGAGGCAGGGACUCAGGAUUAGGCAUGGGCUUGGGAUGCAGAAGAGCGACCUUUGAACUGAGAGAAUUGCUGCACUCCCUUCCCUUAAUGAUGAUGUAGUGUCCUCCGGAGAAUGAAGCAGGACAGGAUAUGAAAGAGCUGGAGGCUAAAAGCUCCUCCUACGAGACAGGAAAGUCAAAUUCUGUAGAGCUGUGUCCUGUGAUGCUUGUGAAAGACAGUUUGAUGCUUGGCAUGUUUGGGAUUCAAGUGUGAGUUCUGUGCGAUGUGUCACCACCAGUGCUGUAUGGUGGCUCAAACAGCUAAGAGUCACAUUUUAUUUUUCACUUAAUAAGUUUUCACUUAAGUUUUAAGUAAUGCUCAGUUGUUAAAUGAUGCACUGAAGUCAAAGGCAAAAAACUGCAAAGUCCAAAAGAGAAAGUUUUGAGAUCAAUAAAAAAUUGGUAUAUUUUAAAGCACUUAAUUUGAAUGAGGAUGUAGCAAAAGUAUUUAAAUAAUUUCUGCAGAAUGGGUUUUAAAGUUGUCAGCGCUAAUGGGAGAAUGACACAUUUCAGCUGGUUUGUGUUGGAGGGGAACUCCUCACACACUACGUUUGUGGGUGGAAAAAAAGUUACAUAAAGUCUUCCUGCAGAGGGCGUCUGAGUUGCCUCAAGUGAUGUCACUUGAGUUGGGGUCAGAUGAGUCUUAAAACUUUAAGUUUGAAAAUGAAAAUCUGGGGGUGUGAAGUUAGACUAGCGGUUUGAGGCUACAUUAGCUGCUAUUCAUAUAACACGCCUGCAUCUCUGACAGAAAUGUCUGUAGUAGAGUUGCAUUGUGGGUAAUGUAGGUACCAGGUUUUGACAAGGAAGAAGAAUGCACAGAAUAAAACAAGACAAUGGCCCUAUUCAAAACGGUCUACUAUACUAUUAGUAUGUACUGAUUUGACCUAAAUGUAGUACUGAGUAUGUAAACAAAAGUAAAAUCUGGAAUAUGCCAAAAAUACCCGGAUACUGAUUCGGAAAAAAUCUCCAGAAUGCAUCGGACCAGUCUACCUUGCAUUCUGUGUCCCAUAAUUCAAAGUGCUAGAACGGUCACAACAGCAACUUUUUUAAAAAUGUGAUCUUUAUUUAAUCAGGCAGUCUCAACAACUGGUCAUUGUUGAAAAGGCAAACACUCAGUAGUGGACAAGGAGGAAUAUAACUGCUCUGUCCCUAAUAACAAAAAUAUCCCUCAGUGUUGGAUUAAAGUUAUGUAUGUCAUGUUGUUUUAUAAGUGGUACUCAUAACAUUUUAAUUAACAUUUACUUAUUUAUAUUCCUCCUAUUGUUUACAUGUUUGCCAAAACCGGCAAUCUGCAAAGCCUAGCGUACUGCAAAAUAAGUCGAAUAAACAGUUUUAUACUGCAUACUACUAUGAAACCCAUAUAGUAUGACAUACUGCACACUGCGGUUACGAAUACAGCCAAUAUCUCUGAUUCUGCUGCAUCGUUUUUGAUCUUUUUCUUUUUUACUCUUAACACAAUAAAUGCGUAACAUUAAAAGCAUGCCAGUGCAAAGACAUCUUGAGGUACCACCCUCUAAUACAGCGCUGUAUAGUAAAAUGCUCCAACCAAUUAAAAAAGAACAGGUAAAAGCAUAACGCAUAGCUAGUCACAUUCUGUGGUCAGAGUAACUGAAGAUUGUUUGCACCUGGUGCAUUUUAAAUGCUCAUGACUGUAAAACUGAUCAUGAGAAAACUUGUCAGCGGUGCCAAAGCGUGUAGUAGGUCUUUACGCCUCUUGUGCCAAGCAAGAACUGAUCUCACUUGUGUGUUGUGUUCCUUGUGUCAAAUGAAGGUGUUUCACUUCAUGUGAUCAAAUGAUCAAACUUAAUUUAUUAAUAAAUGUUUUUAUGUGAAACCAACACUGUGCCAUCACUGUCACAGUAGCCCACCCUCUGAUUUCUCCACAUAGAUAGGCUACAUGACAAUUACAUUAAAAAUGUUUUUUUUUAUAUAUAUAUGUGUGUAUAUAUAUGUUUUUCUCUCUGCUCAGGGACAUCUGGUUGUGAUUACUGUCGCAGAAUGAGUUUGACACAGAGAGAGCUUCUUAAAAUGAUGUUAGAUGUUUUUGAUGAUUGUAAUGUUUAGUUAAAUUAUAGAAAAUGUGUAGCAGAUAAUGUGUUGUGUUUUGUAAAGAAAAGUGAACCUUUUUCCAUAAUAAAAACAUGACUCUUGCUCUCA